CUUUACCGAGACCGCCUUUGGUUCGGAUCGACUGUGCUUCGGGGCGGAAUUUGUUGUAUAGGUUGGUAUAGUUCUUCCGGAGUAAUUGCAGCGCUCUAGGCCCCAAAGGGGCGGCGGCUGACCACCCCAAGGUGGUUCAAUAGAAGAACUCGCCAAACUAAUGCAGCAACAUUGAAUUUUGUGCAAGGAUUAGGGGAUCUCAGUUUAGGAUGCUCGGGAGGACGGCGACGGGCCCUGGCCGGCUGGCUGCGCGGCCGACACCGCGCGUCGCCGCUCGUCCGUUGUGCGUCCGCGCCCAAGCGAGUUCUUCGGGAAAUUCUCAUGGCGAACAGGAAUGCUCUUGCAGCGGAAGCAGCAACGUCGCCGGUGUUAGCCAGCCUGUUACAAACGAUAGCCUCAAAGUAGUCGGAACCUCUUCAGCGCUUACAGCCUUCACGCUUGUGCCUAGCUUCGGUGGAUUUGGCAAUGGAGGCAAUCGGGGCGGUGGCGGUGGUGGAGGAGGAGGAGGAGGCGGUGGCAAUGGACAGGGGCCAGAUAGCGGAUGGGCGCUACCGCUUUUCGAGCUUGCGAAGGCCGAUGAGGAGAAGCCCGAAGAAUCCAAUAAGCGCGACUGGAAGAACCUAAUUACAGACACCGAGGAGUUGGAACAGAAGCCCGGAGAGCGCUCCGGGACGAACCGUUGCGUUGAGAUUGUCAUCGAGGGGUGGCCCAAUGUCUCAAGCCUUCCCACCGAGGCCGAGCUCAAGGAGAUGCUGACGGUGCAGGAGGGGCACAUCUUCGAGAAGCAGGACCUGCUGGAUGACCGCCGCAAGCUGGAGACCCAAUACGAGGACUACAUCGCUGAGGUGGAGGUGCGCACCGAGUACGUGGACGCCUCCUCCGCGCACCAGCGGGUGGUGUACCGCUUCACGCCGCACCAGUUCCGAGGCAUCAACGCGGUGGACAUCAAGGGCGCCAGCCUGAUGCCGGCGGAGGAGGUGGAGCGCAUCUGCGCGGAGUGCAUGCCGCCCGCACCCUACAUGGUGGAUGUGGCGGUGAUGGACAAGGUUCGAGGGCAGAUCGAGCAGUGGUACCAGAACCGCGGCCUCCCCUUCUGCUACGUGGGCUUCUUCGACGGCAUGGAGGACGGCGUGCUGCGUGCCAACGUGACUGAGGCCAAGGUGGACGGCGUGGCGGUGCGCUUCGUGCGGCCCAAGCUGACGGGCGACUCGGACCUGGAGUACAGUGUGUACGACGAGGGCAAGGUGGUGAAGGCGGAGAAGGUCAUUGAGGCGUCGGGGUUCAAGAAGGGCCAGCACUACCACGUGGAGGACGGCUACGACGCCAUCAACAACAUCUUUGCGUGCGGGCUGCUGGAGGACAUCAACAUCGAGCCGGAGCAGGACCCGGGCGACGUGAACAAGAUCAAUGUCAAGAUCCGCUGCGAGGAGGUGCAGCCUAGGAGCAUGGAGCUGGACCUGGACUGGUCCUUCCAGCUGAAGAACGGCGUGCCCUCCCUCUCCCGCCAGUCCCUCAUCCCGGGUGGCUCGGUGGAGAUCGGGCACGAGAACCUGUUUGGCAACUCCGAGUCCGCCAGCCUCUCGCUGUCCGCCUCCGACUGGCGCAACCCCUCCGCCGACCUGGGCUUCAGCUUCAGCUACAGCGAGCCCUUCUUCAAGCCGCACACCACACGCAACCUGCAGCUGUUCAACACGCGCAAGACCUCCACCAUCUUCACCCCGGGUGGCGAGGCGGAGGUGCCGCCCGUGUUCGUGGACCGCUUCGGCGUGAAGGGCUGGACCAGCGAGAUCACCGGGCAGGACAACAAGGUUGAGCACGCGCUGAUGCUGCAGCUGGUGAGCACGCUGGACGAGAACGGCCAGGUGGUGGCCAAGGGCACCAAGGUGCAGCGCGGAUACUAUGCGGACAACGGCCCGCCCACCACGGUGUCGGGGAACGGCCGCGACCUGAGCCUGUCGUACCAGGGCUUCUGUGUGCUGGACAACGUGCGGUUCAUUAACGGCAACCAGCUGGGCACGCGCAUGAUGUUCCAGGUGGAUCAGGGCCUAAACCCCUCCGUCCGCCUGCCCGGUGGCCGCACCCUGGGCCUCUCCGGCGGCCUCUACAACCGCGCCACCGCCGCCUUCACCAAGUUCCUAGAGGCGCCCUUCCUGCCCAAGCUCUCCGCCGAGCAGCUCUGGAAGGAGCGCAAGGCGCCCAACACGCUGGUGCUGCACGCCAAGGCGGGUAACGCGCUGGGAGACCUGCCGGCGUACGACUACUUCUCGCUGGGUGGGCCGUACAGUGUGCGUGGGUACAACCAUGGCGAGAUUGGCGCGGCGAGGAGGUUCCUGGAGCUGGCGACGGAGGUGCGCCUGCCGCUCAAGAACUACGGCCUGCCGGGUACCGCGUACGGCUUCGUAGAGUACGCCACCGACCUGGGCAGCGGCCGCGAGCUGCCCGGCAACCCCACCGAGUACUACCGCAAGCCGGGGCGGGGCAUGUCGUACGGGGUGGGGC